UGACUUCUUCGCCAAUCAGGCAAUCAUCAUCAUCCUGUGUAGAGACGACUCGAGUCAAUUCUUGCUGCAGAGAAAAAAUAAAAAAUGGAAGGCAGAUCUAGUAAUAUUAUAUGCUCAUUAAUAAUCGCAUUUCUAUUCCUAAGUUUCCGAUCAUCUUAUUCACACUCUUCUUCAUCGGAACUUCAGAUCCUCACCGCCGAACGCAGAAUUGACUUGGCUUCACAUAUUAUUAGGGUUGUUCUGACUUUGAAGGUACAAAAUGAUGGGGCAUCCGCUGCUUCAAACGUUCUUCUUGCAUUUCCACCAGCACAAGUUAAGCAUCUAGCACUGAUCCAAGCUGCUGAACAUACUGGAAAAAAGAGGAAGAAAACUGUACAUCCACUUGAUGUAAAACCAAGUGACCAUGCUGAUGGGCCAAAUGGAGCCAAAUUCUUUUCUGUUUCUUUGAGAAAUCCGUUAAGCACUGGUGCAUCCGUCUCAAUUGAAGUAUCAUACAUAUUGACCCAAUCACUUGAACCUUUCCCUGUAGAAAUAAGUCAGUCAGAGCCCCAGUUAGUCUUAUACCGCGACAGUGCUUUAAUACUAUCACCAUAUACAAUUAAACAACAGACAACAGUUAUUAGGACACCUAGUACCAAAGUGGAAUCAUUCACUAGAGUGGAACCAUCCUCCCAAUUGCGUACUGAGCUGAAGUAUGGGCCUUAUGAGGACCAGCCUUCAUAUGCGUAUACUCCUAUACUACUUCAUUUCGAGAAUAACAAUCCAUUUGCUGUGGUUGAGGAGCUUGUACGAGAAAUUGAGAUUUCUCACUGGGGCAACCUCCAAGUUACAGAGCAUUACACGUUGGUGCAUAACGGUGCUAGACACAAAGGCGGAUUCUCAAGGGUUGAAUAUCAAUCUAGGCCAACUAUCAGUGGUGUCUCUUCAUUCAAGCAUCUUGUUGCAAAAUUACCCCCAAGGGUUCACUCUGUCUACUACCGUGAUAACAUCGGAAAUAUCUCAACCUCGCAUUUACGGACAAGUUACAGUAAGUCUGAACUAGAAAUAGAGCCGCGAUAUCCUUUGUUGGGAGGUUGGAAAGCGACUUUUGUCAUUGGGUAUGGGCUGCCACUGCAAGAUGUUCUUUUUGAGUCAGAUGAUGGUAAACGCUACCUGAAUUUCAGUUUUGGUUGUCCCAUUGCUGAAACGGUGGUGAACAAAAUAAUUAACAAGGUUAUACUGCCUGAGGGAUCGAAGAACCCCCAUGCCGUGGUUCCCUUUUCAGUGGAGCGCAGUGCAGAGACCAAGUAUACCUACCUUGAUAUUGUUGGAAGACCAGUGGUGGUGUUGGAAAAGGAAAACAUAGUUCCUGAGCACAACUCUCUUUUCCAGGUUUACUACGAUUUCCAUCCAAUGUUCAUGCUUGCAGAGCCAAUGAUGUUGAUAUCUGUAUUUUUCUUUUUGUUUGUGGCUGCCUUGGCUUACAUUCACAUGGACAUCUCAAUAAGAAAAUGAAGAGCAAUGCAGGUGUGUUGCAUGCAUGCCAGUGCAGAUUAGUACCAGAUAGGCUACUUCACGAAGCCAAAUUUAACAUGAGCAUGGCUGGAUAAAUUAGAUUAUAUGUAAAACAUACCCCAACAGUUUGAUUUAUACUUGAUGGAACUGCCAGUUUGUAAAAUGAGACACUAAGUAGCUGCGAAAUAUUGAGAUGUUUGCCAGAUUCUGUUGAAAUAGAUGGUGCAUGCCAAGCAUGUAGUGUUGUCAAAGAAAUACAGUUUUGGUGCA